AUGGACUUUGAGUGGCUCGCCGAUGAUCCGGUGGACGAUGACCCAGACGAGGCGCCGCUGCUGGGCGGCGUCCUGCCCUAUGCAAAUCAUUCGCAGGCGCAGUGGGAAGCCGAGGUGCGCCAUGUGGCGGCGCGGAUCGCUGCGUGUGUCCAGCGGCAUGACUGGGGUGCGCCGCUCGUGGUGUGGUGCCAAAAUCUGCAGGCACUACAGAGCCUCAAGUACCGGCUGCCGCGCCCGCUACGGGCGCAGCUCGCGCGCCUGCUCUUUGAGCUGGCAGUGAUGCCCAAGCUCGAUACGUUCUUGACGGACCUUGCAGCAUCCUGCUGUAUUCGACUCCUGCGCCCCAAGCACGAGAUCGACGGGAGCGACUUGCAGCUGCCCUGGCGCGCGCUGUACGAGGCGCUCGAGCGAGAGGUGUUCCACAAGCAGCGCAAGAUGAGCACCUCGGCCGUGAGCGGUGUGCUGCUGGACCUCGCCGACGUGUCGCAGCGCUUCUUUUCGGCGGACGAGGCGCCAGCGAUGCUGGAGGCGAUCCUGCCGCGCAUGGACGGCAACGACUUGAACUCGGUCAUUGCCACGCAGGCGCUGCUGGUGCACUUUUUGCCGCUUUCGAACCCCGACGCGUGGCUGCCGGUCCUGUUCCGCCUGUGGGACUCGUUCAAGUCGUCGCUCUUCGAUGACCAGAUGCUUGAUGUGCUCGCACGCCUGGCCGAAGAACACGUCAUGAGGCCGAGCGAGGCAAGCCGCUGGAGCGAGACGGGCAUCUUCACCGAGGCGCAAAUGGCCGUGAUCAUGACGCGGUGCCUGCGCAGCAUGGGCCUGCCCAUCGGCGCGAACAAGACGGCGAAUGCAGCGCUCAUGGCGCAGUCGGCGUCGGUGCGCACAGGCGCCGAUGCGUCGGCCUCGCAGCAGACGCUGCGUAUGAAAAAGCCGAGUGACCGGCUGCACUCGUUUGCGGCGAUCCUCGUGUACAGCAUGGCCCAUGACGCUGACGCGCCCGAGCUCGUGGGCGGCUCCAAAGCGCUCACCCAGCUUGCGCAGCUGGUGCAGGUGACCGAGACGUACUUCCACCCGUCAAACUGGGGCGCGUGGCAGGCGCAGCUCGUGAACCUCGUGCAGCAUCUCACCUGGGAGUUCGCGCGCCGCGUGCGUGCCGAAGCACGCAGCGACAGCCGCACGCCGCCAGCAUGGCGCCUCACGCCCGCGAUCCAGCGCGAGUUUGUGCGCACGCUGCGCACCGUCUCGCUGCUGGGCAUGUUCUCCAAGGACCCCCUCACGUCGCUCGCGGCGCAGUCGAGCCUGAAGCGCAUGGCAUUCCUGGAGCCGGCGCUCAUCCUGCCGGCUGUACUGCACCGCGGCUACACGUCGCUCGAGCAGCUGGAGACGACGCAGCGCACGAGCGCAGUGAUGGCGACGCUCGCGGCCACGUCCCAAGUGCUCCUGUCGCCCGCCGUGUACGCGCCGGGCGCCAAGCACCUGGCGCCGCUCCUGUACCUGUGCCUGCCCGGCAUCGACAUGAACGACCCGGUGAAGACGAUGAGCACGUGUAUGCUGAUCCUCAGUGUCACCAUGUCGACCUGUGUGUGCGACGGCAGCACAGCCGGCGACGAGGAGAUGCCCGGGGGCGCGGCGCGUGUCCCCGUGGACGACGAGGCCACCUCGACGCGCGGCGCCGAGGACUAUGCGGCGCGGCUCUCGACCGCCGAGCUCGAUGCGUGGACGACCGAGUUUCUGCAGCGCGUGCUGCAGCUCUUCGCCGCCCUGCCCGAGGAGGGCAAGAGCGGCAAGAUCGGCGAGAAGCACGAGGAGAUGGUGCUCAACCUCCUGAUCGCCACGUGCGAUGUGUUCUGCAGUGCGCUCGGCGAGGACGCGUACGUGCGGUGCCUCGACCUCGUGCUCGAGUACGCGCGCACGACCGUGGCGGCGAACGCCGUCAAGGCCAUGGGCUCGCUGAUCGGGUGCUUUGCACGCGCAGACCCGGCACGCGUCCUUGCGCGCGUCGUGCCGCUGGCCUGCGCGCGCAUGGCGCAGGAGCUCGAGCACGGUGCGUCGUCCGUGCGGACGACGAGCACGAGUCUGCCGCGGCCGUCCGACACGGCGCUGCACUGGCACAUUAGCCUGCUGAGCAGCGCUGUGAUCUUUGCAGGGCCCGCGCUGCUCCCGCACGCGGACGAGCUCGUCGCAACGAUGGAGCGCCUGGCGCGCUCGUGCCGCACCGAGCGCGGCUACAUGCUGAGCGCCAAGCUGCUGCAGCGCGUGCUGCACUCGCUCACGAGCGUGUACGUGGCCGAGCAGCGCAGCCUGAACCCCGACGAGUGGGAGGCCGGCGCCCGUCGUGCGCACCCCCACCGCAGCUUUGGGCGCCUGUACACGCUCGGCGAGGUCCAGGUAACGUGGCAUGUGCCGACCGACGCGGAGAUCGGCCUGGCGCUGCGCGUCCUGCGGCAGGUCGUCGCGCCCGCGCUGGACGUGCUCGACGCGCGUCUGCACGAGGCGGCGCACGACGACGCCUGGCACAACGACGUGUGCCGCUACCUGCUGUGGGUGCGGCAGGCGCUCGCAGGCCAGGCGGCGCUGGCCGACGAUGCACGGCGCGCACAGCCACGGGCCGCCGCCGUUCACACAGACCUCGGCGAGGUGCCCGUCGCGGAGAUGCCCGCGCCGCUCGACAUGCCGGCCGGCGCGGCGCUGGCGCCGGGCGACGCGCGGUACGACGAGGUGCAGGCGCUGCGGGAGCGGAUCGGCGCCACGCUGCAGCGCGCGGCCGCGGUCGUCCCGACGCUCUCGAGCGACCACGUGGACGCAAUGAAGCAGGUCGUGCGCGCGCUGCGCCUCUACCUGCUGCCGCACAGCGCGCAUGCGGACGAGGUGCACGGCCUGACGAAGGCGGUCGUCUUUGUGCGCACGAUCGGGCGGCGCCACGCGCGGCAGCAGCGCUUUCCCCGCCUCGUCUGGCUGCGGCGCGCCAUGCUGCACCAUGUGCUGCGCCAGCGGCUCCAGGCGCUGUACGUGCCGCGCACCGCGCGCGACGACGAGCUGGUGCGCCGCCUUGUGGAGCUCGCGACGUCGCACUACGUGGCGGUGCGCCGCCUCGCGCAGAGCGCGCUCGACAGCGUGUUUGCGGUGUACGACGGCACACGGCACAUGUGCCUCGCGCCGCUCCUCGCGUGCCUGCGCGACGACGCGAGCGACGAGCAGGCGAAGGGCGCGCUGUAUGUGCUCGGCACCAAGACGUUCCAGCGCGCCGUCGCGCGGCACGUCUCGUGGGCACGCGACGCGCUCCCGGCGCUGCUGUGCGUGCAGCGCCGCGCGCGGCCGUCCGUCCAGAAGCUCGCGCGCGGCCUCCUGUCCGAGCUCGUGUCGCGGCUGGAGGACCCCGCCGUGCACCGCGCGUACGAGCCGACGGCCGCGCUGGCCGCGGCGGCCGCGGCGCUCGCGCCG